CAGGCGCACGCGGGCCGGCGGGCUUCCCCGGACGGCGCAGGCGCACGCGGUUUGGAGCGUCGCGGGAGCGAACGUUCAAUCCUGGCUUGGGUUCUGAGCCUUGGUGCGCUCGCCCGCCAGGCCCGUGGCCCGGGACCAUGCCCGAGAAGGAGCUGCCCGGCCCCGAGCCCACCGCCAAGAGUCGAAUGGCCGGCUAUCGGAGAGAAGCGCCGCAGCCCGCCGGCGAAGACAGGCAGAUCCCAAUUCCUGUCCCGGUGAUCCGCCUUCCCCGGGGUCCAGAUGGCACCAGCCGGGGUUUCAGUGCUGCCCGGGGCCGGGACGGGGCUGGCUCUGCCGAGGAGGUGGCUGAGCAGCAGGCCCGGGCUGCCCUGCGGGAGCGCUACCUCCGAAGCAUCCUCGCCAUGGUGGGGCGACCGGUGCACUUUACCCUGCACGAGCGCGUCCAAGUGGACGCCCACUUCGGGGCUACCGACCUCGAUGUGGCCAACUUCCACGUGUCCCAGUUGCAGACGCCCCUUGGGGUGCAGGGCGAGGCCCUGCUCCGCUGUGCUGACAUCAUCUCCUACUCCUUCCAGCUGUGAGCCCUCCCUCUCCAGGCAGCCCCCAGGACUUGGACAGCCAGCCUAGCCUAGGACUGGGGAGGGAGUGGCCCAACCCAAAGCGCAGGGACAGCAGCGCCCCCGUGGCCCGUGGCUCAGAUACUGGUGGGGACCAGCGGGGAGCCUUGUCCAGCUGGUGCGAAAAGGAUGCUGUGACUGGACUGAGCGCUCGGGAGAGCGAGCUGGGAUCCAUCUACCUUCCCAGGCCAGCCACAAACGUUCGGGGUCCUGGACUUCACCGAGGGUCAUCUGGGGAGGGCACCACCAAUAAACCCCUCCCUAGCCGCU